AUGAUUUCUUACCUGUAUGGGCUCCUGACUCGCGCCAUGUCUCCAUUAAUCCACAGUAACGGCCUUCCCUCUCCAGUAUCCCAACAGGGAUCUGGUGAUGAUGAGACAGAACAUGUUGCGAAAGACGAUCUCCUGAAUGAGCUGGCAGGAUCUAUCCUGACCAAUGCUCAGCUCGUGAGCACCUACUUGCGCUCCGAAGGCCAUCCUGUGCCGUCUUUCGGGCGGGAUUCUGCCCCCAAAGCAGUGCCUGCUUCGGCCCCGGGUGAAGUUCAGGCGGCGCGUGAGGCACUGCUAGAUGCAUCCAUGAAGAUGUUCCAGUUAGCAUCCGGACCUAGCGAGUACCUGCCGAACCUAGCGGUGCAUUAUCAAUAUCUGUCAUGUCUUCAUUGGUUGAUUCACUUCGGCAUCUUUGCUCGGGUACCCCUCACAGGCUCGAUUUCAUAUAGCACCCUGGCAGCGGAUGCUGGUGUCCCGGAACGGACACUAAAGACAGUAGCACGUAUGGCAAUGACAAGCCACGUCUUGCAUGAGCCUCAACCUGGAAGCAUCGCGCACUCGGCGACAUCGGCACAGUUUGUUACUAACCCGAGCAUGAACGACUGGGCCGAGUUUAUGUGCCAGGCUUCGGUGCCAGCUGCAUUAAACCUCGUGAAUGCGACAGAGCGAUGGCCCAUCAGUCAGGCCCGCACGGAGACGGCCUAUAACGUCGCCUUCGACACGGAGCUGCCUUUCUUCGACCAUCUCGCAACAUUGCCUGAUCGCACUCGUCAAUUUGCAGGUUACAUGAAGAACGUGACCAGCAGCGAGGGUACAAAGCUGGAUCAUUUGCUGAGCGGAUUUGACUGGUCGGGAUUGGGAUCGGCACAGAUCGUUGAUGUCGGGGGUUCGACAGGAAACGCGGGCAUAGCGCUCGCCAAUUCUUUCCCGAAACUUGAUGUGACCGUACAGGACCUUAGCGAGAAUACCGCCGAGGGGGCCGCCACUUUGAAACCCGAGCUGGCGUCCCGCGUUCACUUCCAGGCCCACGAUUUCUUCCAAGCCCAACCUGUUAUCGGGGCAGACAUCUACCUUUUGCGAAUGAUCCUACAUGACUGGGCCACGCCGGAUGCCGUGCGGAUUUUGCAACAGCUGGUUCCCGCACUGCGUCGGGGGUCGCGUAUUGUGAUUAUGGACUCGGUCUUGCCACGUCCCGGAUCAAUGGCCCCGACGAAGGAGCGUCUCCUUCGCGUUCGGGAUUUGACAAUGUUGCAGGUCUUUAACAGUUGUGAAAGAGAUUUAGAUGACUGGACUCAAGUCUUAAAUCUUGCAGAUGAGCGCUUGCGCUUGGUUGAUGUUGUUCAACCCCGCGGGAGUGUCAUGUCUCUGCUGACCAUUAGCCUGGUCGACUGA